UCAAAAAGCGGAUGGUUUUACUUUUCUCUCUUCUACUACUUCUACUAAAACACCAACAUGCCCUUCAGCGCAGAGACCCACAAACCUCCACUGAGUGACCAAAUAACCGAGUUACAGCGGAGAAUUCAACUUUUAGAGGGCGACAGAACUGCGUUUUAUGAAACCUCCCAGGCCACCAUCAGAAAGAACAGAGAGAUGGUGCAGCAGCUGAGAGAGGAGAACACCAGGCUCUACAAGAAACUCGCAGCAGCCAGCGAGGGGGAUAAACACGUUGUUAAAGUGGCUUUUCAUAAUGUGGAUAAAAUCUCUGACAAAGAUGCCUUCCGUAACAUGUCAGGAAAGGUAAAUGUCAUUUUUUCACUUAAAGCAUUCCACUUAAUCCUGGUUACAUUUUUAAUAUAUAAUUUGCAGACAGCACUGGCUACUCUGGAUAGAAAGCUCCAAUCGAAAAAGAAGCGUCUGAAUGCCCAAAAGCACAUCACACAGACUCUGCAGCAGCGCGCCAAUGAGCUGAAGUUAGAAUAUGACAGACUGAAACCUCUAGGGAGCGGUGCCUCUAAAACUACAGAUCCACGUGCUCAGAAAAGAGAGGAAGAUGCGAUGAAAUUGCGAUCAUUGGAGAAUAACUUGGAGAAGACUCAAUUGAAAUGUAAAGAGGCUGAAAAUAUCACAAGGAACUAUCUGACACUCAAAAGCCAUCUACAGGAUGAGAGCCUGAAUUUUUCGAGUCAGUUGGACAGUCUAGAGGUAGAAAUCCUGAAUCAUAAAGAGGAGCUUCAAAACCUGCAGGCCAUGAACCAUGACGCCCAGCUCUCUGCAGAGGCAUCCAAGGCUGAACUACAACAAAGAGAGGAACUGCUCUACAAAGAUCGUAAGGAGAGGGAGCGCUAUAAGGCCAAGGUGGAAGAGCACAAAAUACAGACAGAGAAAGUUGAGAGAAGGACACAGAGGACAGUCCUGCAGUCAGAUGACCAGAGCAGUGAGGCCCAGCGCAGCACCACUAGGACAACUGGAGACGAGGACAAAGCCAUGUCCACUUUUGAGGACGUGUUUCGACAAAUCAAGGAGGCUACAGGUGUCACUGACAUACAGGAGGUGGCAGAGCGCUUUGUCACACAGAAAGGGAUCCAUGAGCAUCUGGAGAAACUGACAGAGGAAAAUAAAAACACUUUGGUGGAGUUGAAGGAGCAGAAGGCCCAGCUGGAUCAACAAUUUGAGGAUAAGAAAUAUUCUGGAGAAGCUAAAAUAUCCAGGGACCAACACAUCCUGGAGGACUGUGAGCAGCAGCUGCAGGCCGCUCAGAGGAGGUGUGACCAGGCCAAAGAGACUCUGAGCUCCCUGGAAAAAACUCUGGGCACAGUCCAGGCUGGAGUGGAGCAUCUCGCUGACAAACUGCAACACAUCCCGCUGGUUGAGGACACUUCCACCAUAGUGUCCACAGACUCAAGACUGGUGGAGCUGUUGAGCAAGUGUGAACUGAAACUGCAGUCCCUCUACAGUGAACUCCAGGGGAAAGACUUCUCUGCCAUUAUGAAGAUGAUAGAGGAUGAAAAGUUUUUUCUCAAAAUUGAGGGAAAGUUGCCAACCUUCAACACUCGUGUCCUGCUGCCUGAGGACCAGAGACAGGAGCUGUUUGAUGAUGAAGGGGAGAGCGAUGAGGACGAUGCAGGGACCAUCUCACGAGAGGCUCUGAAAAGACAGUCUCAGAUGACUGUUGACUCAAAGUUCAAGAAAAAGCCUUGGAAAAAGAAGAAGUGAAAAUUAAACUGUGACAUUCCUAAUGUACAUGUUAAAUCUCAUAUAAAUGUGCUUUUGCAUCCAACAGUGUUCUCAUACAUAUUAACAAAUAAAAAA